CCCAAGUAUUGGUUCGCAUUAUUCUUUCUCCAGUGGCGCUGGCCGGGCAGUUGGAUGAAGGCACUACGCAGUGAAGGGCGAGCUUCUAAGAUUCCGUCGAAUCAGUUAUAGGUUAUUUACUGAAUUAAUAUCACCAAUCAUUUUUUUUUCUAAUUGAAGAUAUAUAAUUGUGAUGAGUUUUAUCGAGAAGGGAAGGGUAAUAUGAUGUGUUAAUGUUAAUACGUAUUUUAAUGGAUGUUAUAAAAGCAUCGAUACAGAGACUUUAAAUCUCCAGUGAAAGUUACAGUGCUAGCUUAAGGUUUUCUGUAAUUUUAAUUGAACGUCAAUUGCUUGGCAAAUAAUGAACUAUUGACGUAUUGAGUGAUACCGUUGACAUUCCUCCAUCAAAAGGUGUCUGUUCUACAUUAUGGAAACCUUUUAGGAUAUUGUUACUACUGUUCUGGGGUAAAAAAGUAUUUUUAAGGAAACAUAGAUUUUGAGAUUUUGACCUUGCAGGCAGGAUAUACUACUUGUGAGACAUCAGUUUUCGAAUUCAAGCUUUAAAACACGUGCAAUUUAAGUUGGGCGCGGUACCCAAACAUUUGCAUUCGGAUUUUGCUUUCUUAUUGGAAUUUCCUCCAGUUGUAGACGACUAUGAAUACAACACGUUCGAUCAUUGUCGGCUCGAGCGACGAGGGUCUGUAUUCGCUAACCAACGAUAAGAGCGAAAUUGCUAACAUGCAAAUGGGCAAUGGAAAUGGAACUCGCAACGCCAAUAUUACAGAUACCGGAAGGAAUGAAGCGCUUGCCCAGGCAGAAAUUGCUGUGUUGGGUGCAAUAUUAGUUAUGGCCUUACUGGGUAACUUGAUGGUUAUCGUUGUUCUUAUGUACAGAAAGAGGAAAUUAAGUCGAAUGCAAAUGUUUAUUAUUCACUUAGCGGUUGCAGAUAUUUCGGUAGCCCUUUUUCAGGUAUUGCCUCAACUUGUGAUGGAUAUUACAUUUAAAUUUGAUGGAAACAAUUUGCUUUGUAAGCUUGUAAAGUACAUGCAAGUUGGAACAAUGUAUAGCUCCACCUACGUAUUAAUCAUGACCGCUUUAGACCGUUAUAUGUCUAUAUGUGAUCCGCUAAAUUCACAAACAUGGACAAGAAAGAGAGUACAUGUUAUGGCUGCAAUAGCUUGGAUCCUUUCUGCCAUAUUUUCAUUACCACAAUUAUUUAUCUUCUCGUACAAACAAAGGCUUGAUGGAGUUUACGACUGCAUGGAUAAUUUUGAUUUGCAAAAGCAAUUUUGGACAUUGCAAGCUUACGUUACAUGGAUAUUCAUAUCAGUAUAUGCCGUUCCUUUUGUGAUGCUGACCAUAUGCUAUACAAAGAUUUGCCACGUAGUUUGGGUCAGCGUGAAUGCAAAAGAGACACAUAACGCAGUCAAGCGCAAAACACACUACAGAAACGGGUCUUCGCCAUAUCACACCGAGGAGACUGUAACAAACCCGAGAGCUCACUCAAAGAAAAUGUCCAAGUCCAAAAUCAAGACUGUGAAACUUACGCUUACAGUUGUGAUCUGCUUUAUCGUAUGUUGGGCGCCAUUCUUCAUUACACAGAUGUGGUCAGCCUUUGAUAUGAACGCACCUUACUUUACAAGUCAUAUAAUGGCUAUCGCAACGCUUCUGGCCAGUCUCAACUCUUGUACAAAUCCUUGGAUUUAUCUCGCAUUCUCCAACAAACUGUGCAAUAGAAGAAAACCAACUUCCAUGAAAGCGUGGAUGUCAACUGCUAACACAUACAUGACUGAAACAGAGAGAGAUCAUUUGCGCAUGCGCCAGUUAAAUCCGGAUAAUACGUCAUUGUCGUUUUCCAGGUCAUUCAAUGACUAAAACUUGACAAGAACUAUAAAAAUAUUGAAUUUUAAUUUGUUAAUACGGCACAAGCCCCGUAGUCGAAUAAUAAAAUGAGUUCUGUGUUUAGAGGCACAUGUUAAAGGAAAAUCAUGGCAUGUAUAUAUGCGCAAACCUUAUAUAUACAUGUUUGGUGCAAAUCGAUGGAGCUGGUUUAUGUUAUCUUAUAGAAAAUAUUGUUAAAUAACUUUGGUCAAGAUUCGAAAGAUACAUUUAAAAAAGUAACUGAAUAAAACACAUUGCAUAUUUUUGCUGAUUUUAUUUUCUUUAAAAUAUUUACUUAAAGUGUUGGUUAACGCUUUAAACAUGUUUUAUCGUAUUUUGAAGCAUUAUAUGCUUAAGUGGUUUAAUGAAUUGAGAUUGAGAAUAAGAAUGAGAUUUGUUACAUUAUUUUUGUGAUAUUGGGACCUCAUCUUGUUGUAUUGGUCGAAGUUUGACAGAAGGUAAUGUUAGCCGAACUUUUAAACAUCCGCCGAAGCAAUUAAACGUAAUGCAUUGCAAACAGAUAAUCAAACACGUUUUUUCGAAUGGAAAACAUCUUAUUGUGAUGGGUUUUGUCCAGCCAGGAGGGCUAAUAUGAUGUGUAAAUGACAAGAAAUACGUUAAUGGAUGUUAUAAAUGCAUCAGUAGAGAGAAUCUCUACCACUUUUAGAAAGCUUAAGUGAAAUUUAUAGUGCUAAAAAAGAUAUUCUGAAAUCUAAAUUAAACGUCAAUUGCUCGGCAAAUAAUGAAUUAUUGACAUUUAAAGUGCUACUGUUGUCAUUUCUGUAUCAAAAGGCGUCGGUUAUGCAUUGUGGAGACAAUAUAAGAAAUUAUGUAACCCUAUUUCUGGGAAUAAAUAGUGUAAUUAAUUAAAACAUCUCUGUUGCAAUUUUGACGUUGCCGACAAAAUAUUAUACUUGUGUGAUAUCAGUUUUGGUAAUGAACAGUUUGUAAUAAUGUGUAUCAAUUAUUUUGCACGUGAAUUCGAUUUUUUUUUAAUUUUAAGUUUUUUAGAACACUGUCUUAUCUGGUUUGCAAUUUUCCUUACUCUGUUAUAUAUUUAUGAUCUGCAUGUUUAACUAUUAUUUUUAGUUCCAGAAAACUGUAUAAACCGUCAUUUUCCCACUUUAUUGCUAUAACAAUAAGACUUUGCAAAUAUCAUCUGAAUUAAUCUAAAAAAUAAUGCUAAGGAUGUAUGCAUAGUUAAACAUAGCAACCGGAGAGUGCGUGUAAAAAUGUAAAAUCAAUCUCUCAAACCAUAUAUGUCAUAACAGGUACGCCUUAAUACUAUGAGGACUGCUGGUAAAUGUUUGCCUGUAAUUGCUCAUUGUGCCGUAGUGUGAUUUAAUUGAACAAGAUUGCAGAAUGGUUAUUCACAGAAUAAAACUAGGCAUUCUGGUUAGUAUGCUGCAAAGGUCUGUCACAAACUCUGUCCAGAAGUCAUUUUUUAUAUAUGUAUCGGGCCUUCUUCGAGCUUACAUACGAAUUGAAUUAAAAGACGAGUUGAGUAAACGCGUAACACUGUAUGAUAUUAAGAUGAAUGUUAUAUUCUGUUCAUCAUAUGCCCUUUACAGGUAAUAAAAAAGCAAGAAAG